AAAUCAAAAUAAAUCACAUUUCAUUCAAUCAUGAAUGGUUUAAUUAAAAAAUCGUAUCAUUUUCCAAGAAAAAUAUUUCAAAUCUCAUUAUCAUCAUCAUCAUCAACAACUAGGCAAUUAUAUUAUCGAAAUUUUUCCUCAUCAUCAUCAUCAUCAUCAUCAUCUGGUGAUGAUGAUACAAACAAUCUUCCAACAACCAAACAAUCCGAUAAAGUAAUAGAAAAACCAAAACAAAAAGAAAAACUUGAACCACGAAAAAUUGUCGUACUUAAAGAUCAUGAAAAUGUUUAUGGUAUAAAAGAUAAAGAUGCUGAUAAUAAUGCUGUAAAUAUUGGUCCGGAUGGUGUUCCAUACAAUCCAAUGAAUGAUCCUUAUUAUAGUAAUGAAUUUAUGACAUAUAAAUAUCCACAAUAUUUUACAAAAUAUUUAGGUUUUAAACGUGCAAAAAAUAUUGUUAAAGAAGAUAUAUCAAUAUUGACUAAAGGACGUAUACAUAAAACACGUGAAGAACUUGGUUGUCCAAAUCAUGUUGAUAUUUGUAUAUUUGGUGGUGGUAUUAUCGGUACGGCUAUUGCUUAUUUUCUUAAGGAAAAAGCACCUUUCGGUUAUAAAAUUGCUGUGAUUGAAAGAGAUCCUAGUUUUACAAGAUGUUCAACAGCAUUAAGUACCGGUGGUUUACGUCAACAAUUUUCAUUGGAAGAAAAUAUUCUUAUGGCACAAUAUUCAGCUGAAUUUAUUCGAAAUGCACGAAAACAUUUGAGUAUAUUGGAUGGUGAACCACCGGAUCUUAAUUAUCAUCCACAAGGUUUUCUUACAUUAGCCGAUGAAUCACAAGCCGAACAAUUAAUAAGAAAUCAUCAAAAACAAAUCGAAAUGGGAACAUUAGUCGAAUUAUAUACGGCCGAAAGAUUAAAGGAAAAAUUUCCAAUGAUCAAUACUGAUGGUAUUGUUCUUGGUUCAUAUGGUGUACAAAAUGAAGGAUGGUUUGAUCCAUUAGCAUUGUUGGUAGCAUUCAAAGCUAAAGCUCAAUUUUUUGGCACUGAAUUUGUUAAUGCAGAAAUAUUGGAUUUUAAUUUCAAUUAUGAUUAUCAUUAUGAACAAACAACUUGUAAUUAUGUAGUUGUUCGUGAACCAGAUGGUAAUGUUCGUCAUGUUGAAUUUGGUUUAGGUGUUAUUGCAACCGGUUAUGAAUCACAUAAAAUAGCUAAAUUUUUAGGUUAUGGUGAAAAUGUUAAUGAUUGGCGUUCAGCUGUAAAUUUUCCAAUCGAACCAAGAAAACGUUAUGUUUAUGCAUUCAAUAGUAAAGAUGGACCGGGAUUAAAUUUUCCAUUUCUAAUUGAUACAACCGGUACUUAUUGUCGACGUGAAGGUCUUGGUGGAAAUUUUAUCUGUGGUAGAUCACCAUCCAAUGAUGAAGAACCUGAUAUCGAUACACUUGAUGUUGAUUAUUCUUAUUUUGAUCGUCGAAUAUUACCAUUAUUAAAACAUCGGGUAGAACCAUUCGAAUCGGAUAUCAAAUUAAAAGGCGCUUGGGCCGGUUAUAUUGAUUAUAAUCGUAUCGAUCAAAAUCCAUUAAUUGGACAGGAUCCAUUUUUUAAAAAUCUUAUUUGGGCAACUGGAUUUGGUGGUUUAGGUGUACAAAUGUCACCGGCAAUUGGUCGUGCUAUGAUGGAAUUUUUAUUAAAUUCACAAUAUCAAACAAUCGAUUUACGUGCAUUUAGCUGGGAACGUUUAUUCAACAAUCAACCAUUAAAAGAAGCUUAUCAAUAUUAAAUUAGUUAAUUUUGUUUUUUUUG